AUGUCCCAAGACCGCCCGGAUGUCGAGGCGCCAUUGGGACCCGAACCUUCGAAAACCGACAGUAAAACCAAUACCCGUCGCCGCAGAAGUGAUGCCGGUCAAUCGGCUCCGUUGGCCAAUCGCAUAAAGGACGUUGCUGCGGAUCUAUAUCAAAAGACCGUUGUCGAGCUUAUCUUGCGUCGCAAACACAUUGUCGCGUCAACCGAUGGGCGCCGUGUGCCCCUCGAGCUCGAACACGAAUCGCCCUUGAUAGACGACCGCCGUGGCCUCCCCUACGUUUCCAACAGCAUCCGAACAUCCCGUUAUACAGUAUGGGACUUUAUACCAAAACAACUCUUCUUCCAGUUCUCCCGCGUCGGAAACUUUUACUUUCUGUGCGUUGGUGUACCGCAGAUGAUCCCAGGCCUCUCGACGACCGGAUCUUACACGACGAUUCUACCGCUCCUGUUCUUUGUGCUUCUGACCAUUGUCAAGGAAGGAUACGAUGAUUACCGACGAUACCGUCUUGAUAAGAUUGAGAACGCUGGUUUCGCCACAGUUUUAGGACGCGAGGACAAAUACACCGGAAAGAUCAAACCAGUUACUAAAUGGAGGAAAUGGAACCCAUUCCUGACCAAUUCUACGGCCGAACCUCAUCCCGCCCCCAAUGAAGAAUUCAACGGAUUGCGAUGGGUUCCUGUCAGAUGGAGUGAGAUCAAGGUUGGAGACAUUAUCAGACUCUGUCGAGACGAGGCAAUCCCCGCCGACCUUAUCCUCCUGGACAGUGAUGAAGAGAAUAAAUUGGCGUAUAUCGAGACCAUGGCACUUGACGGCGAGACCAACCUCAAAAGUAAACAGGUUGCGCAUGCUCUUCAAGUUUGCGACACGAUCGAGGGUAUCUCAAAGUGCAAGGCCGAGUUUGUUGUUGAGGACCCGAACCCAGAUCUUUACAAUUUCGAUGGCCGUGUCACUGUCAACGAAAAGACGGUCCCCCUGACUUCAAGCGAAGUUAUUUAUCGUGGAAGUAUCGUUCGAAACACCAACGCUACAAUUGGUCUCGUCAUCAACACCGGAGAGGACUGCAAGAUUCGCAUGAACGCCAAUAAGCAUCCCAAAGCAAAGAAGCCUGCCCUCGAACGGGUCGUCAACAAGAUAGUAGUUACGCUUGCGACUUACGUUGUCCUGCUUUCUGUCGGUGUGUCGAUGGGCUAUGUCGGGUGGCAGAAGAGCACUGAAAGACACUCAUGGUACCUGGAACAAGCCAGGGUGCCUUUUUACCAAAUCAUCAUCGCCUUCAUCAUCAUGUUCAAUAACGUUGUCCCGCUAGCACUCUACAUCAGUCUUGAGAUUGUGAAGAUUGGCCAGUUGAUCAUGUUGAACGGGGAUCUCCAGAUGUACGACGAGGACACGGACACGCCUGCACGGUGCAAUACUAACACUAUUCUGGAAAACCUGGGCCAGGUGGGAUACGUCUUCUCGGAUAAGACAGGCACCCUGACGGACAACAUCAUGAAGUUUCGAAAGAUAAGCGUUGCUGGAACGGUCUGGCUACAUGAGAUGGAUCUGGAACAAAAGGUCGACGAGAUUGAGGCCAUCAAGUUGGAUGAAGAGUCAGAUCCCGGCGAGCCUUCAGUCUACAAGACGGAACCUGUCACAGUGGUCAUCAGGGAGGAACAAUCUGAAGGAUCCCACGAACCACUGGCUCUGCCAUCGCCAUCUCACAUGUCACCCCGCCCUUCCAUGUCUCGUCGACCGUCCAUGGCGCCCUCCAGGCCUUCAAUGGCACUCUCACGGCCAUCAUUCGGAAGUCGUAGGUCAUCAUCCCAAUGGCGCUCCACGGGACGUCCGGAUCAUAUUCAGCCUGAUGUGACGACCAACGAUCUUAUUGAAUACCUGCGACUGCGACCUAACUCGGGAUUUGCCAAGAAAGCAAAACAGUACAUUUUGGCAGUGGCCCUGUGCCACACCUGCUUGCCUGAACACAAGGAUAACGGAGAACUGGAGUUCCAAGCCGCAUCCCCUGACGAACUUGCUCUUGUUAGGGCUGCACAGGAGCUUGGUUACCUUGUUAUUAAUCGAACGACCCAAUCCAUCACCCUGCGAGUAACUCAGUCUGACGGCCAAGAGGAGGAGCAGAAAUAUGAGGUUCUCGAUGUGAUUGAAUUCACCAGCUCGCGAAAGAAGAUGUCCAUUGUUGUUCGUUUCCCUGACGGCCGUAUUUCUGUGAUCUGCAAGGGCGCAGAUUCCUCUAUCCUACCGCGCCUUAAGAUGUCGCAAGUUGCUAAACAAAAGGCAAACGAAGUCCGCAAGAGUGCCGACAUCGAACGUGAGAUGCGCCGACGGAGCGAGCAGCAAGAACCACGGAACAGCUUUGGUGGUAGGCCAAGUCUCACAAUUCGACGGAACCCUGGCGUAUCGAGAGAUCGAAGUACAAGCAGACGGCCUAAUGUCGACAGGAGCAAGUCGUUUGAGUUUGGCCGGCUUUCUAGACGGUCUGAAGAUAAGCCUCGUCUGUCUAUCGCCACUCGAGGCGUGUCGAUUGACAUGCCUCGUGGCCAGUAUCUGAAUACCCCUGUUCAUUACCAGCAACCUGUCCCUGACCAUCUUGCCUUUCUCGAAGACCCCACUCUUCUAGAUGAUUCCGAGACUUUCACCAAAUGCUUCAAACAUCUAGAUGAUUUUGCGACAGAAGGUCUUCGUACCCUACUCUUUGCGCAAAAGUUUAUCACAGAAAACGAGUAUCAGGCGUGGAAGAAAGUAUGGGAUGAAGCCGCGACCAGCCUCGGCAAUCGACAACAACGCAUUGAAGAGGCGGGUGACAUGAUUGAGCAGUCAUUCGACCUAGUCGGCGCAACUGCUAUCGAAGACAAGUUACAGAAAGGAGUACCCGAAACAAUUGAAAAAUUGCGAAAAGCCAAUAUCAAAAUCUGGAUGCUUACCGGCGAUAAGCGUGAGACUGCUAUCAAUAUUGCUCACUCUGCUCGAAUCUGUCGACCCGGGUCCGAUCUGUACAUUCUAGAUGUCUCCAAGGGAGGGUUGGACUCACAACUGGUUGCUCUCCAGGAAGACCUGCAGGCUGGUUCUAUUCAUAGUGUUGUCGUUAUCGACGGCCAGACCCUUUCAGCUGUCGAAAAGUCGCCGGAAUUGUCGGCCAAGUUCUUCAAGGUUAUGCUGCAGGUCGAUUCAGUUAUUUGUUGCCGAGCUUCUCCAGCCCAGAAAGCGCUACUUGUCACUACCGUCAGAUCCCGACUGAAAAAGUACCGGGGUAAGAACCGAAGAGGACUUACCUUGGCCAUUGGCGACGGUGCAAACGACUUGGCUAUGAUCUCAGCCAGCCAUGUUGGCAUUGGCAUUUCCGGAAAGGAAGGUCUUCAAGCUGCUCGUGUAGCGGACUAUGCGAUCGCUCAGUUCAGAUUUCUGCAACGAAUGCUGCUUGUUCAUGGACGAUGGAACUAUGUCCGCACAGCCAAGUUCAUUCUGUACACGUUCUGGAAGGAGAUGUUUUUCUAUCUGCCAACAGCGCAGUAUCAGAGAUAUACGGGCUACAGUGGUACAUCGUUGUACGAAGCCACCAGCUUGACUGUAUUUAACACUUUGUUUACUAGUCUCUGUGUUAUCUGUAUGGGGAUUUGGGAACAGGACCUCAGUGCUGAGACAUUACUAGCUGUUCCUGAGCUGUACGUCUAUGGACAACGGAACCAAGGCCUCAACAUUUGGAAAUUUGCCCGAUGGAUGCUUCUUGGCGCCAUUGAGGGUGUGAUUUGUUGGUACGGCGUCUGGGCUGGCCAUGGCUGGAUAACACCCGCGGCGCGCGACCAAGGAUUGUAUGCGCUUGGUACGCUCACGUUCUCAGUUGGAGUCCUCUGGAUCAACUGGAAACUUUUCAUUUUUGAAACACAUUACAAAUCCCUUAUUGUCAUGGGAUCUUUCUUUGUCACAACAAUCGGCUGGUUCGCUUGGCUGUCUUUCCUGGAUGCGGCAUAUGCCCCUCAGCCAUCAGGGCCUUACGCCAUCAGGGAUAGUUUCACCACCUUGUUUGGAGAUGAUGCUGUAUGGUGGGCAACGCUAUUCAUUGUCCUCGGCCUUAUUGGUCUUUUUGAGAUAGUGCUCAAGUGCGUCAAGCGUCUUUUACUUAUGCAUGGACUCUGGGACUGGCCACCCUGGGGAAAGAGUCGACGCGGUGAGAAUAUUGAAGAGUGGGAUGUAGAGCUGUGGCAGGAAUUGGAGCAGGAUCCUGCUUUACGCGCAAGGCUCAAACGCAUGGCUCGCGAUGAGCCAGUGGGAGAGGAGGAGGAUGUUGAUUUGGCACAUCUCAACAUCGAGGAAGAGAUCAGGGGUCGAUGA